GUUGUUUGUUCUACAUAAAACUGUCAGUUCUCAUUCCUAAUUUGGGUUCCAUUCUUACACCUAAGUCUUUAAUUAAUUAAUUUGAAAAUUUUGGCCAGCGCGGCAACUCCAAAAUGGCAAAUCCUAAACCGGCAAUAAAGUAUACCCAGCUGUUUAUAAACAACGAGUUCGUGGACGCAGUCAGUGGGAAAAAAUUUCCAACAGUCAAUCCGUCAAAUGGAGCUGUAAUUAUUCAAGUAUCUGAAGGAGAUAAAGCUGAUGUUGAUAGAGCGGUAGCUGCUGCGAAGCGAGCGUUUGCAAGGGGAUCUCCAUGGCGCGCAAUGGAUGCAUCUGCUCGCGGGCUGCUUAUCAAUAAACUCGCUGAUUUAAUAGAAAGAGAUAUCAAUUAUCUGGCCAAUCUCGAAACACUCGACAAUGGCAAGACAUUCGAGAGUUCUGUCGUAGAUAUCCAAGCAAGUGUAUCAACUUUGAGAUAUUACGCCGGGUGGUGUGAUAAAAUCCACGGCAAUACCAUUCCAUCUGAUGGUGGUAAUUUUACAAUGACCCGUAAAGAACCAAUUGGAGUCGUGGGACAAAUAAUACCAUGGAAUUAUCCAAUAAUGAUGUUGGCCUGGAAAUGGGGCCCAGCUUUAGCAGCCGGAUGCACGAUUAUACUAAAGCCCGCAGAGCAAACGCCGCUGACGGCUCUUUAUAUCGGAGCGUUAGUUAAAGAGGCGGGAUUCCCUGCUGGGGUGAUAAAUAUUGUGCCGGGAUAUGGACCAACUGCUGGAGCAGCGAUCACAGAGCAUCCAGAUAUCCGUAAAGUUGCGUUCACCGGCUCCACGGAAAUAGGACACGUGAUUUUGGGCGCCUCUGCAAAGAGUAAUCUGAAGCACGUGAGCUUGGAACUCGGCGGCAAAAGUCCCAUUGUCGUUUUUGAUGACGCCGACAUUCCUGAAGCUGCGAACAUAGCGCACAGAGCUCUCUUUGACAAUCACGGACAGUCUUGCUGCGCGGGUUCCAGAACUUUCGUGCAUGCGAAGAUCUAUGAUCAGUUCGUCAAGGCAGCCAAAGAGCUCGCGAUGAAGCGGAAGGUUGGAGACCCUUUUAACCCGCAAACUGUCCAGGGACCGCAAAUUGACCAGGAGAUGUUUGAUAAAGUAAUGGGGCUGAUAAAAAGCGGCAAAGAUGAAGGCGCCGUUUGUGAAACUGGUGGAGAUCGCGAGGGCACCGUCGGCUUCUUUAUCAAACCGACUGUCUUUUCAAAUGUCAAAGACAACAUGAAGAUCGCUAGGGAAGAAAUUUUUGGACCGGUCCAAUGUAUUCUCAAGUUUGAAACCAUGGAAGAGGUUAUUGAGAGAGCCAAUAAUACGACUUACGGUCUCGCAGCUGCUGUUAUUACCAACGACAUCAACAAAGCUCUGCAAUUCACUCAAUCCGUUGACGCUGGAUCUGUUUGGGUCAAUUGCUAUGAUGCCAUUACACCCCAAACUCCAUUUGGCGGGUACAAAAAAUCAGGAAUUGGACGUGAAUUAGGCGAAGAUGGAUUGGAAGGUUACCUGGAGACUAAAACGAUUUCAAUCAGAGUCCCAGCGAUUUAGAAUUUAAAAAAACUUUGUUAUAAAUUUUUAAUCCUUCCUUUUGUAACAGCUUAUAUAUUUUGUGUACUAAAGGAUAAAAUAAAUGAAUAUUUUUUCAAUGAAUAAAUUUAAAUGUAUU